AUGGCUAAGUUGUAUCUGACCUUUGGUGCAGGUUCAAUGAAGUGGGGGCCGAUCUCCAAGGAGCAAGAAGAGGAAGUUGAGAAGGUGAGAUCACUGUUGUCGGGGACCGAGCGCGAGUGCAAAAACCGAGUCACCCAGAAGAAUUUGUUUGAGUUCGGCCUUUUGCAAGGGAGUAAGUACUUGGGUCACCUGGAUGACUAA